AUGUCGACCCCAGUCAAGCAGACAAGCCCCAAGCGAAUCGAGCUCGGAGACGACAUGGACGACUUCGUUCUUGUCCUCGAUCCUGCCCGCCGCGUCAAGCCUCGUGGUGGCGUUCAAGGCGAAGAGCAGAAGAAGAACACGACCGCCCUCCGCAAGGCCGCCAUUUCCGGCAGCGCCUCGAUGCCACAGGGAAACAAGACACAGAACUCCGCCGAGCCUCCUUCUCCCACCACAAAGAAGGCCCUUGACGAGUAUCACGCCGAGAUGCGCAAGUUGGCCGAGGCUUCGAUGCCCGAGCGUGACGGCCUCCGCGUUCCUUGCGAAGACUGGUUUUGCACCAACAGAGGAUCAGCCCGCUUCGAUCUCGGGGCCGAAAUCUGA